AUGUACAACAUUCCUGAUAAUGUCAAAGGGGCAGUCGAAUUCGACCCGUGGUUAAAACCGUUUGCUGACGUGCUUUCUGAAAGAAGAUAUCUAGCUGACAAGUGGUCAUAUGACAUCACGCAUGCUACGCCUGAUGGUUCGUACCAGUCGCUCAGUAAAUUUGCCAGAGAUUCAUAUAGCUCAUAUGGUUUGCAUGCCAACCCGGAGACCAAAGAGAUUACUUAUAAAGAAUGGGCACCUAAUGCUAAACGUGCAUUUUUAGUAGGAGAUUUCAAUAACUGGGAUACCAGCUCUCAUGAGCUUAAGAACAAGGAUGAAUUCGGAAACUUCACAAUCACCAUCUGUCCCUUACCGAAUGGUGACUUCGCCAUUCCUCAUGAUUCUAAGAUCAAGGUUAUGUUUGUUUUACCAGAUGGUUCUCAGAUCUUUCGCUUACCGGCAUGGAUUACAAGAGCCACUCAGCCUUCUAAGGAGACUUCUAAACAAUUUGGACCUGCGUAUGAAGGCAGAUUUUGGAAUCCAGAAAAUCCUUACAAAUUUAUCAAUGCGAGACCAAAGUUCAGUGAAUCUGUGGAUUCAUUAAGAAUAUAUGAAGCACACGUCGGUAUUUCCAGCCCAGAACCAAAGAUAACUACGUAUAAGGAGUUUACUGAGAAAGUUUUACCAAGGAUCAAAUAUCUUGGCUACGAUGCUAUUCAACUAAUGGCUAUUAUGGAACAUGCCUAUUAUGCAUCAUUUGGUUAUCAGGUGACCAAUUUUUUUGCGGCAAGCUCUCGUUUCGGUACCCCUGAGGAUUUGAAGGAGCUAAUUGAUACCGCACAUGGCAUGGGUAUUCUAGUUCUAUUGGAUGUCGUUCAUAGUCAUGCUUCCAAAAAUGUUGAAGAUGGUUUAAAUAUGUUUGAUGGCUCUGAUCAUCAAUACUUCCAUUCUAUAAGCUCCGGUAGGGGUGAACACCCAUUAUGGGAUUCCAGGCUUUUUAAUUACGGUAAAUUUGAAGUACAGCGAUUCCUAUUGGCAAACCUGGCGUUUUAUAUUGAUGUUUAUAAGUUUGACGGGUUCAGAUUUGAUGGUGUUACUUCAAUGCUAUAUGUGCACCAUGGUGUUGGUGCAGGCGGAUCUUUUAGCGGUGAUUAUAAUGAAUAUCUGUCUCGUGACAGAUCCUUUGUUGAUCAUGAGGCUUUAGCGUAUUUGAUGUUAGCGAACGAUUUGGUUCACGAAAUGCUGCCCGAGUUAGCUGUGACUGUUGCAGAGGACGUAUCUGGAUAUCCGACUUUAUGCUUACCUCGCUCCAUUGGCGGUACUGGUUUCGACUAUAGACUAGCAAUGGCCUUACCUGAUAUGUGGAUUAAGUUGAUUAAGGAGAAAAAAGAUGAUGAAUGGGAGAUGGGAAGUAUUGUUUACACUUUAACUAAUAGACGCUACGGUGAAAAAGUCGUUGCAUAUUGUGAAUCUCACGAUCAAGCUUUAGUUGGUGACAAGACUUUGGCUUUUUGGUUAAUGGAUGCCGCAAUGUACACUGAUAUGACAGUAUUGAAGGAACCUUCGAUUGUUAUUGACCGUGGUAUUGCCCUACACAAGAUGAUUAGAUUGAUUACUCAUUCGUUGGGCGGCGAGGCUUAUUUGAAUUUCGAAGGUAAUGAGUUCGGUCACCCAGAAUGGUUAGAUUUUCCCAAUGCUAAUAACGGUGAUAGUUAUAAGUAUGCUCGCAGACAGUUUAAUUUGGCUGACGAUCCUUUGCUACGCUACCAGAAUUUGAAUGAGUUUGAUAGAUCAAUGCAACUAUGUGAGAAAAAACAUAAAUGGUUGAACACGGAGCAAGCUUAUGUUUCUUUGAAACAUGAAGGCGACAAAAUGAUUGUGUUUGAAAGAAAUAAUCUAUUGUUCAUUUUCAACUUCCAUCCCACAAAUAGUUAUAGCGAUUAUAGAGUUGGUGUCGAAAAAGCUGGUACUUAUCACAUCGUGCUGAAUUCAGAUCGGGCUGAAUUUGGCGGGCAUAACAGAAUCAACGAAAGUUCUGAAUUCUUUACUACAGACUUGGAAUGGAAUGACAGAAAAAACUUCCUCCAGGUUUAUGUUCCUAGCAGAGUUGCUUUGGUUCUUGCCUUGAAAGAAUGA